AUGGAUGACCAACAAGAGCAGGAUUGUGCCUCAGAAGACCAAGAAACUAUCCUGAUUAAUGGGGUGAAAGAAAAUGAAGUGCACGCCCUGGACGGCGACGAGAGGCCUUGCACCACUGCCGAGGCCGCGGUCACGUUCUCGGCCUUGACGACCGCUCCGAAGGAAAGCCACGUGUGCCACCGGGCGCUGCCGCCUGCCCUGACGUCGAAGAAGCCCUGCUUGCUGAGCCCGCCGUCACCGCUGAGGCUGACGGAUGUCCCCGAGCACGCCUCGGAUGACUCCUCCGCCCACGCCAUCUCCCUCACGUCCUGCGUGACCAAGGGCAUGAGCUCCUGGUCGCUGCCGGGUGACUGCGAGAAGGCUCCCUUCACCAUGAUGGAGCCCGGAGGCAUGUCGGCGCUGACGGGUGACUGCUUGAUGCAGCCGAGCCGGACCUGUCUGGGCUGCUUUAUUGAAUCCAAGGAUGGCAUUGAUGCCGAGCCGGGAAUAAGCUUGAAAGUGGGGGAUAUAAAUAGGGAUUAUGACACCUGUUCGGUCUCUGAUAUAGGGAUUCACUGCAUGAGCACAGGAGAAACCAUGAGAUAUGGGGAUCAGCUGCUUUCAGACCAGCUUUUAAGCUUCCCUAUGCAUAAAUCGAGGGCAGCGGACAAAAGGGAUGCAGAAAAAUCUGACAGCGAUUCGGAGGACCCCACUCAGAAAAAUUAUUACGAGGGAUUACUAUUAGACAAGUGCAAUGGUGAGGAACCUUUACUAACAAAUCCCAACCAGGAAUGGGGCUAUUUUGAAUCUUUCAUUAGUGAAAGUAAAAUUGAGCUGCUUGACCUCUGCUCCAAAAAUGAGCUUUCUGUAAAUCUGUUUUCCGAGGAAGACGUGGAUAACUACAUGUUUGAUGACGACGAUUCCACCUUGGGGAGCGAUGUCUGCUCCCUAAAGAUUAGAUACGAAUCUUUCCAGGACAAUGUGCGGGAGAAGACCAGCACCUUACAAGAGGACGCCCAGUUCAACUUCUUCCCCAGCGUGUUCGGCAGCUGCACCAAAAGGGACAGCAGGAGCACCCUGAAAAGGGGGCCCGGCGGUGCCACCGACCCUUCUCAAUUCAAAUCUGAGGAAGGCAUCAUCUGGGGGGAGGAGGAGGAGGAUGGCGAGGAAGAGGACGGCGAGGAGGAGGAGAAAGCUGCCUUAAAUAAAUCUUGCAACAGCACGGAGAUGGUGCAGUACGUGGGCUCCAAGAGGAGCCACUUCUUGGACUCGGUGAAUUCCACGGAGGACUCCGGGGAGUUCAGCGACGACAGCACUUGCACAGAGUCCUCCUACGACGUGCUGCGGGAUAUCAAGGACUGCAGCCGGUACCUGUCCCGCGACCACUCUGGCUCCUUCAUUCAGCAGAACUACGGGUUGCGGGCGAAGAGGAAAGUGCGAUACAGCGACGACUACCUGUACGACGUGGACUCCAUCGAGAACGAGAAGAUCCUGGACAAGAAGGAGUGGCUCCCGGAUGGGCCCAAGGAAGAGGACGAUGACGAGUGGUGCCCCAAGAAACGGCGAAAAGUCUCUCGCAAGGAGCCCCCCGUUAUCAUCAAGUACAUCAUCAUUAACAGGUUUAAGGGGGAGAAGCAUAUGCUGGUGAAGCUCAGCAAAGUGGAUGCCAACGAGACAACUGUUACCCUAAACGAGGAGCUGCUCAGCAAAUACGAGAAGCUGGCCCCGCUGAAGGGCUUCUGGCAGGAGAGGCAGCAGAGCCGGCUGGAUUUGCUCAGAUCGUCUCUCUACCACAAGCAGAAUUUCUAUCUUAACGGCUCAGAUGCUUCGUUCCUCCCUCACCCACGGAAGCGAAAAUGCAAGCUAGCAAACAGGCACCGGAUUCAAAGAAUUAAAGCCAUCGAGCAAUCAGUGAACAAGCUGGGCUCCUGCUCCUCUGAUCACAAGCAGCCUUGCGGCAGUAAAGAGGAUGUGGGCCUGAAAGGGCUGCCGGCGUUAGCCAUCGCCACCCCCGGCUGUGCCAACGGAUUACACGUCAACGACAUCGCGGGCAUCGCCGCCGUGAAAUGCAAAUCGCAGGAGCGGGAGCACAAGGGGACGGAGAGGAAAGUGCUCCGCAGAAUCAAAUUCAAAAGCGAAGCCAGGUUGAAGUGUAAGAAGAUCAAAGCUGCCACCGGUGCGGCGGAGGGCUCCCCGGUGCUGGAAAACCAGGACCCCGCAGCACGGCUGAAGGAUGAAAACGUUCCUUGUGCUUCAGACAGCUCCCAUCUCCCGGAGUGCCACGAGGAGAAGGUUGCUAAAAAUUCUCCUUUCCUACCAUCCACCUCCUCUUCAGACAAGCCUCUGCCAUCUGCUAAUAUCACCACCAAUGUACCCCUGAUCCCUGGAGGGUAUCUGCAGACGUUGUUAGAUGCUUCUGAUUUGUCAAGCAACACUGGCAUCUCCUACUUCGCCCAGCAUCCCUCCGAGCAGCAGCAGCACCCGCUCCCCAGCAUCGUCCCGGCGGAAAACCUCCCCGCCUCUGGAUACGCUCAAGUCAACCUGAAUAGCAGCAAAUUGCUCUACCAAAAAAAUUACAUGCCGGAUAGCCAACAAGUGCAGUCAGAUGAUUCUUAUCAGUCAUGUCAUUUUAAUAACGGCGAGGGGCGCUUUCAUUUCCAGCGAGGUACACUAAGUACAGACGAUGGCAGGCUCAUUAGUUUCGAUUCAGUGGGUUCGUUGUCAGUUAGUUCUAGCAAUUACAGUUCUUUAAGUUUAAAGUCUUGUGAAAAGGACGGCGAGGAUGAUAUUAAUGACGAUUUCUUGGCCCACUGCAGUCCCAAGCUAGUGAUCCAGCAGAGCAUAGAUGAAAUCACCCCGCUGAAGGAGUCCACGGACCUUUUAGACAUUUCCAACUUCACGCCUGAUAAGUUCCGCCAGUCGUCGCUGUCGGAGAUGUCCCCGCCGGACACUCCCAACCUGUCCCCGCAGAUAGCUGGCUCUGACGCCAAGCCCCUGGGCACCCUGAAGGGCUUUCAGGAGAACCCCCAGGCCACCCUCAACAGCUCUGAGAAGGUCAAGUGGAACUGCGGGGUCCUGCAGACCGAGGAUCAGGCAGAUAAUGGGUUUGCUUUAAAUAAUCACCAGUUCCAGUUCCAUAUGUUCAACGAUGAAGAUUCUGUCAGCCUUCUCGAAAAGAGUCCAUGCUUGUCAACGUUUAAUGAGCCAUCUGGUCAAAUUAGCACCAAUAGCAAAGUGUCAAAAUCAAAGAGGAAAAGUUCAUCCAGCAAGAAUGCGGGUACAAACCAAAGCUCUUCCCAGAAAGCCACCCGGAAAAAAUCGCCCAAGACCAACAAAGCAACCGAUAAGCCGCAAGGGAAGAACUCCAGGCAGGCGCCCAAAUCUGCCAGGAAAGGGAAAAACGUGGCGGGAGUCAACGGCGAGAAGGCUCCGGCCAUUGGCGGCAGGGUGGUCAACCAGCUGAGCAACACGGCCACCGCCACCAAGGGCCUCGCCGAGAGCACUCCCCAUUGCAGCCCGGCCGGGGUGAAGCUGGGCAAGCACAACGGGCUGUCCGGAGAGUGGGCGCUGGGAAAAGAGGGGAGCACGGGCUGGUCGGAAGCCAGCCUGGGCAACGCCACCAGCCUCCUGGACGAUGAUCAGAGGGAGUUUGAGGAACCUUCCAACAUCUUGUCCAACAUUGCGUCGGGCAUGGCGGACGUCCAGAGGUUUAUGAUGGCCUCCAUCGAGCCCUUGUGGGGGCCCGUUGGCCACAACAGCGUUCCAGACAUAUUCCGAUCACCGGAGUCCAACAGCCUGAAACUGAAAACCCUUAAAAUUUUGGCAGGGACAUCCCAAGAGUCGAAGAAGAAGGCGAACGGCGGCUCGCCGGGAGCGGUGAAGAACCACAAAUCGAACAACAAGGGCUCAAGCAAAAACGGCAAAGCCGCAACCUGCGACCCCGCUCGCCCCAACUGCUCGACCGGGUACGCCACGGACAUUCCCGCUCCCUUUUUUGAUAAAAACUAUAGUAACCUGAGCACUUUAGGCAAUAACGGACCUACCCAUAAAAAACUCUACCGUCACAAAUCCAGUUCGAAAUCACUGAGGGAUGAGAACUGUAAAAUAAAGCGGACGGACCGCGAGCAGCCCCACAAGGACCCACCCGUGACAGCUGCUUUUGAGAAGCUGAGGGAAUCAGACUCCGUUCUUCUUAAAGCAGAAACAGCGUUUUUGGGUUUUCCUCUGUUUGAAGAAGAGACUCCCUUUUCUCGAAAGACGCUUGACGUUUGUUUCUUUUUUGUUGGGGUUUUUUCCCCCCCCCCGUCUUCUCGAAAUCUGCCUUGUGGUACGUUGAAAUGUGAGUGCUGA